GCAGGACACCCCACCCAGUCACAUUAUACUGACAACGGACGAACCAGUCGUCACAACCUUAAAAGGCUGAGCGCUAAGCAGGAGUAACAAACCCAAAGCCUUCCUCACAGAGGCGAGAUGAGGAGGAAAGAGAACAAGAGGAAAGAGAACAAAGCCAUCAGAUUAUGUUUUAUAAUGUAUUUACAAAGAGAAUAUUAAAAACCAUGUAAAAGACUCUGAAUGGUUAUGUACUUGCAUAAAAUUUGUGGAAUUUAAAAUAAAAAAAGAAAACAAACCAAAAAAAGUUUCACACACAGAAUCUGGUUAUUAAAAUGAGGAGUUUAUUAUAGAAUUGGUUUUAUUGAUCAACAAUUUUACUGGGAUAAAAGAAAAGAUACAAUUUAAGAUAAAAUGUUUGGAACAAGACUUUAAUGAAUUGCAUUCAAAACUCAACACUUUCAAUAACCUAACAAACAAUGGUAAGAUGUCCAAAGUGUAAUCCUUUCAUAAACUUAAAUCAAUUUUUAUCUUGAAUAUUCUGUAAAAUAAUGUCAAACUUAAUUGCUUUCCAAACUAUUUUAAAAUAUUCAUGUUAAGGCACCUAAAAACUACAUCAUUGUUUUGUUUUCAAACCGACUGGCAUUCUUAUUACCCCUACAAUAAAUGUUACUAUUAAUAGAUCUGUAUUGUUAAUAAAACAAUAGAAUAAAACAAUAGAACCUUAAUGGUCAUCGAUCGGACACAAUUAUAUCCUGGACAACCUUAAUGGUCAUCGAUCGGACACAAUUAUAUCCUGGACAACCUUAAUGGUCAUCGAUCGGACACAAUUAUAUCCUUGACAACCUUAAUGGUCACCGAUCGGACACAAAAUUAUAUCCCGGACAAGUUCAGAAGACAUCGGGUACAAAAUUUCAAGUUAGAUUGGGUGUCCAUGAUAUGAUAACCAUUAGGUACAUAUUCACCGAGUAUAAAUCUUAAUUAAUGAAGUUUUUCAAAAAUUUGUUCAAAGAAAGAGAAGGAAACAUAAGUUUUGGACUAAACAAUGAUUUAUAAUGUAAUGAACCUUAUCAAUUUAUUUGUGCAGCACAUGAAUGGUCAAGGUCACUCAAUAGAACACACUAGAAAUGGCAUCAGCCACAAAGCUACAGGUAAAUUACCAGCAAACACCACCUCUUGGCUCUGAAGACUGAUUAAAACAUUAACUUGCGUAGAAUUUUGUCAAGAUCAACUUGAUGGCAUUUCCUUAUAACGGACUGCUGGAGAAAUGUGACUGUACGAAAUUAACAGAUUCCCCGAUGUAACACAAGCCUGAACUUGUAGGGGUAAAACAUACAUAAUUGUAAAAAGUAAGUGAUUCUAGAGACAAAAACAAAUUAAAACAGAUGAUAAUGGCUACAUGAAUAUAUUCCAAUUCAGAUGCAAACAUGGACAAAUAUUUUUAUAUAGAUUUCUUAUAAUUAUUAUCUCAAAAAUACUUGUGUAUACAUUAUCUGGAACAUUGAAAAUCUUGUAAAAAAAAAAAUAAUUACAAGAAUUUUUUCAAUCUUUCUGUAAUACAUUUAUUCAAAAAUACUUCAUAUAACCUGUAUGAAAAUUACUAACUAAAAUAUAUAAAACGGCCCAAAUGGCCCGGUAGGUUUCCUACACUUCAUGUACAUUGAUGAGAGUCCAUAAUUCCAAAUGCCUUCUGAUGUCAUCUCACACUACUCUCAACAGUCAUCUCACACUACUCUCAACAUUGUCAUCUCACACAACUCUCAACAGUCAUCUCACACUACUCAACAUAGUCAUCUCACACGACUCUCAACAUUGUCAUCUCACACGACUCUCAACAGUCAUCUCACACUACUCUCAACACAGUCAUCUCACACUACUCUCAACAGUCAUCUCACACUACUCAACAUUUUCAUCUCACACGACUCUCAAUAUUGUCAUCUCACACGACUCAACAGUCAUCUCACGACUCAACACAGUCAUCUCACACUACUCUCAACAGUCAUCUCACACUACUCUCAACAGUCAUCUCACACUACUCAACAUAGUCAUCUCACACGACUCAAUGGUCAUCUCACACGACUCAACAGUCAUCUCACACGACUCUCAAUAUUGUCAUCUCACACGACUCUCAACAUAGUCAUCUCACACGACUCUCAACAUUGUCAUCUCACACGACUCUCAACAUUGUCAUCUCACACGACUCUCAACAUAGUCAUAUCACACGACUCUCAACAUAGUCAUAUCACACGACUCUCAACAGUCAUCUCACACGACUCUCAACAUAGUCAUCUCACACGACUCUCAACAUUGUCAUCUCACACGACUCUCAACAUAGUUAUCUCACACGACUCAAGUCAUCUCACACGACUCAACAUUGUCAUCUCACACGACUCUCAACAUUGUCAUAUGACACAACUCUCAACAUUGUCAUCUCACACGACUCUCAACAUAGUUAUCUCACACGACUCAAGUCAUCUCACACGACUCAACAGUCAUCUCACACGACUCUCAACAUUGUCAUCUCACACUACUCAACAUAGUUAUCUCACACGACUCUCAACACAGUCAUCUCACACGACUCUCAACAUUGUCAUCUCACACUACUCUCAACAUAGUCAUCUCACACGACUCUCAACAUAGUCAUCUCACACGACUCUCAACAUUGUCAUCUCACGCGACUCUCAACAUAGUUAUCUCACACGACUCCCAACAUCGUCAUCUCACACGACUCUCAAUAUUGUCAUCUCACACUACUCUCAACAUAGUUAUCUCACACGACUCUCAACAUUGUCAUCUCACACUACUCUCAACAUAGUCAUCUCACACGACUCAACAGUCAUCUCACACGACUCUCAACAUAGUUAUCUCACACUACUCUCAACAUUGUCAUCUCACACAACUCUCAACAUUGUAAUCUCACACGACUCAACAUUGUCAUCUCACACGGCUCUCAACAUAGUUAUCUCACACUACUCUCAACAUUGUCAUCUCACACGACUAGUUUUUUGGAGCUCACACUACUCUCACGAUUUCUAUCAAAUUAUACGCGAAACACUGAAGACUGAGGAAUCCUCCCCUUGCUUAAAAUCCAUGUAGUUUUUAUGUUUGUA